AUGCUCGUCGAAGAAUUCGGUCCUCCUAUUGAUGAAUUCAUACAAGUUUGUGAUCGGAUCACAGAUCCACUCGAACUUCCCCAUGAUCUACUAGAUCUUGUGAUGACUGCUGAUCUGAAUCAUAUUGAUAGUAGUGAUAGAUAUAAAGUCUUAAAAUGUGUGUCAUAUUACAGCUUGCAUCCGGAUUUACCGACACAACAAAGGGUUAUUGAGUUUUUCGAAAAGUAUUCUUCUAGUUCUGAUAGACUUAUGAAUUAUCUCAUAGAUGAGUUAAAACCGAUGCUCCUAAGGUCAAAAACCUCAAGCAGAAGAACGCAAAAGUUUCAAGCAGGUUUAAACCCAACGUUGGGAUUCUCGUUUGAAGAAGACAGGAUUAUAACUGAAUGGAAGGAAAAUGGUGGAUUAAAAGGCAUACCAUUGUUUUAUAUGGUAUUGAGAUAUUUAAAAAACUAUCAGAUAUCAGUUAAUUUAAAUUGGAUCAUUCCUGGUAUCAUGAACAUGUUAGAUAAUACAUCUGAAUUAAAACUGAUCAAAUUGAGAGGUGUUUUACUUUUAAAGACGUUUCUAUUAUAUUGUUUUGAAAAUGAUGACAAGACAUCGGGUAAAUGGAUUACUUUCAAGCAAACAGGUAUAUUUGAUAUGGUCGAUCCAAUUCUAAAAAAUAUGUGUUAUUUUCUACCGCCAAGUUAUAACGAAUAUGAUUCACUAGAUAUUCUUGAACUAGUAUAUGGUACAAUGGUCGUGUUGUAUGAGCAAAGCAUGGAUGAUCAGAUGAUGAAACGUAGACUUGGUACAGCACUAUUAUCAGAUAUAAUAUUGAGACAUACUUUACCAAGAAUAGGAAUAAAAUAUGAAACUCUCCUAGAAUUUCAACUCGAUAGUGUAGAAAGAAUAAUACACAUCUUAGAUAAGAAUGUAGUGAUACAUUUACAAAGAAUAAUAUAUACGUUUGGGGAGUAUGUCAUACGGGAUCCUUUUUUGACAACAAUCAAAAACAAGAAUAUUUUGCUUAAAAUGUUAAGUAUAUUUAAUAUUCUUGUGAAGGUAUGUCCCAAAGAAAGAAUUCAAGCUCAUAAAUAUGAUCUUGUAGCAGGUGUUUGUGUAAUCUUCCAAAAAUACAAUACUGAGGGAGGUAUUUAUACAGAAUUAUCCAACGAAUUAGAUAAAUUCUUGGAUGUGUUGAUUGCAAAGGGUUGUAACUUGGAUAAUAUUAUUAUUCCAUUGGUAGAAGAAAAACCACAGUUUAAGGAUUUCCUAAUAAAUAAAUUGCAGAAGGAUAGAAGUGUUGAUAUAUCAUAG